GGUGGGGUGAGUUCGGUCGAUUUUCGUACGCUUCGCAAAACGCAAGAUGUAGAGGGCGUCCUCGUAGAUAUUCCAACGUUGAAAAGGACUAUAGUGGCGAUGCUCGCAGCGAGGGUCAGUGAGAAAAGCGAGCGAGAGAGCGAGGAUCAGUGUGGUGCUCGCGGCUAUCAGUGGGCUGCCAGUGGUUGCCCUGGGCACCACCUGCGCGGAUGGAGCCUACUCGUGUACCCAGGGGCCCUGGUCCGCGUCUCGUUUUUCUCUUUGCCACGCUCGUUCUUACCUUUGCAGCAACCGGCUUGUUGUGUGGAGCAAUAAUGACCGAUCAUUGGGAAGAGGUUGGCUGGGAUAAAGAAGCUCUCACUCAUGCUAACGUUAGCCUCACAUGGUUGGAUGAUCAAGUGGCAAUGUUAGAGACACCGACUGCUCACAGAAAUCAUCAUCGAGGUAGACGUGGCUCUUUCUUGGUGCCCAUGCACGGUGGAAUCUGGACGAUGUGCGUCUCGUUAUCGGACGACGAAAUACAACUACUGGGUCAGGUGGGCUUUCCGCAAGAGAGAUGCAUUAACUACUUGACACCCGACGAGGCACAUGAAGAAAUCCGUGCUGCGUGGCAGAAUCGGAUGCAGAAUUUAAGUAUUUCUUGCUCCCUCGUUUGUUUGAUAAUCCUUGGCACCGCCGUGCUAAUAGGAUUUUUUGGCUUGUGCAGACAUCAAAUAUCGGCCGUUCUUGUUACAGGAGUGAUGUAUUUAUUGGCAGCGACAUUUGCGCUCUUCACGUUGACCAUCAUCCACUUCAAGAGAGCUCAAGACCGAGGUAUUCGUAUAAUUAAUGGUCCGGAAGAUGGCGUGAUAGGCGGACCGGUGUCACGUGCCAUUCUAAAAGCACGUCGUUUUACGACCUCUUGGAGCAUGGAUUUCGGAUGGGGUGGUGUAACCCUGUGCGCUCUCGCAUCGGUAGCUUGGAUUUUGCUUAGCAAGAUAAUGCGUUUCAGUCCAAUCGCAGCCAUGAUCGCGUAGCAGUGGGAAGCCUUCGAGGUCUAAGGUCAUUUUACGACUUGUGUCUAUUGCGAUAGAGGGUUCCUGAAGUAAGAUGGGAAGAACGAGAAGACGAGAGAGGAGUCGAAGAUACAUCGAAGCGAAGAAGAGGAAUAAAGAUCGUAUGUACGUGCGUCUCUUUUUAUGCGUGAUUCGAAUCACACGUGGAUGUGAUAAAAAAAGAAAUACGCGAGAUACGAUAAUAUAUUACUAGAUCGACGAUGUGUCGGAUAAAAAUAUCGUUCCAUUGCUCUUCCAGGGUAUAGGUUAUAUUGUUGAGCUUCGAAGCGUAACUACGAUCUAACGAUUUGAUAAGGAUUUAAAUACGAAUCGUCCGAUAAAGUUCUGCAGUAAGUCGAUGACCGAUCAUUUUUAUAAACAUUAUAUAUUUAAUACGGAAUAUCGGCCUGCUGCUGUACUUUUACCAUUUUAGAAAGCUUUUGCAUUUGAUGGCGGUGUAAGUGUUGUAAAUGUCGUGGAAGAUACGCACGUAAUUAUGAUCAUAGUUAUAAAGUUUCGAUCUUUGCAGUAUCAGAAAGUCACGUUGGCAUCCGUUUUGAAAAAUCUCUAUCGAGCAUGAAUAUUCACUGAAAUUGACCAUCUCGAAGGCACUAUAAAUUUCUCUAUACAAAGAACAUUAGUUUAUGUACGCUUCGUACACUUUAUACUUAGGUUUAUCUUUACAAAACACAUGACAGAAUAGUUAUGAUUGUGGCAGGCAGUUAGAUAAUAUUCUAAAUACAAUAUUUUGUACUGAUUAAUAAGAAUCCCUAUCAUUCUAGAUAGCUUAUUUUGACACGAGUGAAUACUGAUUGGAAGGAUUUGUUUUAUGUAGGUACUUCUAGAGAUCAAAUUUAAUUUUUAUUCUCAUUACUAUGUCUAUAUAAAUUUUCAUUAAAGGUCUUAUUCGUAAAAGAAUUUGACAUUCAUAAGGUUUCAGACUGAAAGAACAAACAGUAUUUGCCCUUGUAUUUUAGCUUUUGUUUACAGUCAAAUUAUGUCAUGUUACUAGAAACAGCUACUUAACAAACAAAAAUUUGAGAAGAACUAAUAUAGAUAAAUUGAAUGAAAAUUUACUUAUUAUUUGAUAAAGUUUCAAAAAUUAAAAAUACAGUAACUGUUUCUGGUAAUUUGGCUUUAGUCAAUUAAAAUAAAAAAGGCGUAUUGAAGAUUAUAAGAAUCAGCUGAUAUAUCCUUUGGAUAUAUUUAUGGAUUCUAAAUGGAUUCUAAAUAUAUCUAAAAAUUGCUUUUCUUCCGUAUAUAGCUGCAUUAAUUUCUGUAAAAUUUAUGAAUUUUUUUUUAUAUAUAUUAUCAAUAUUUAGUAAUAAGCAAAGUCAUUUAAUAACAAUUAGUAUCAUUGAAAAUUUAUACUAGUCUGUAUAGUUAUCAUUAUCUUGUUAACAGGUCAAAUAGUUUGCUUCUCCUUUGUUUUCUAUAUUUCUGAAAUAGUUCGAAAGUAAAGUAAAAUUUUUUAAACUUGUCUCUUCAAGAUUUAAUCUUGAAAUAUGAUAAAAUUUUAUUCUCUUAUUUAGUACAAUCCAAUCGCCUUAUAAAUAGAGUAAUAAGCAUGUUUGUAAAGUGCAUAGUUUAGUAUAAUAUCGUUCCAGCCAAUAUAAGCAACGAUUGAAUAUGUGCGAUAAGAAAAUAGCUUUUGCUACGACUUGUUACAGCGAAAAUGAAAUUUAAGCCAACAAAAUAUAUUGCAAAUGAAAGGAUUGUGAAUUACGAUUCGUCCAUUAAUAUUUAAGGAAGAACAAAAAAAAAAUAAAAUAAUCAGGUAUUUUGGAUAAAUAAUGCCUGACACUUGGAAAACGAGCUUUGGUAAUAAGUAAGAAAUUUAAAAAUUUUGAUGAUAGGUGCAAAACUGUUGUCCAAGUGAUCAUAAAGGAAAAUAUUAUUUGAAAGGAAAAAAAUUUUUUCAUAAAUAACAUUUUCUUAAUUAUCAUAUUUUUUACCUGAUGCUUGUUGUUUGUUAUAUCAGAGUUAAUGUAUCGCAAAUGCAAUAAAAAAAACCUACAAAAUAUAGGUAUAUUACGUACACGUAACAAAAUCCUUCCAUCACAUUCCAGAUUUAACUAAGCUAUUAAAAUUAUUAUAUUUCGUAAUUUACAGUUGCAAUAAAAAGUGAGGUUAUGUUUCGCAAGCGAGAUGCCAUUUGCAAAAAUAGAAUUCAACGUGUGCGUAUCAACUUUCCAUUGUACGUGACAUCGAAUUACCGAGCACGUGAUAAUUUUACAUGUGUUUGUAACGAGUGCUAUUCGAUAUGAAUAUAUUCAGGUAAUCUGCGAUAUCGAUAUAAACGAAUCACUCGAAGGGAGACAAAGGAUAUUUCGCGCCUUUCAAAAUUUGAUAAACAAUGGGAACGCGAAUUCGUGCCUUAUUGGAAGAUUACAAUUAAGAAUAAGUUCGUCGAGAUAAUAAUUUUUUUGAAAAUAACCCCGUGUUGAACAUCAAAGAAAGAGCAAAAAGAAAUGUUAAAAAAACAACGGCCGAAUUAUAACGGCUUUUAUUUCGGGAGAGCUAACCUUACUAAAUAUAAUAUAACGGAUUUACACAUACCUUGCUUUUUCUAAGAAAAUAAACAAGAAGCCACAAGACAGGUCAACAACAAACGAGUUUUCUUCGUUAUUUUUAAAGAAAACGAUUACUGUUUUGAUGAUUCACGAAUAUCUAUAUGUUUCUUCGAUUUAAACGAAAACUGUCUACUUUCGAACCGUUACAAGAAACAGAUCAUCAACCAGCAUCAACCGGCACAAAAGUACAAUUUCUAUGUGAACGCGAUGAAUUCUCAUCGAACGAACUAAGAGGCACCUAGCGAGCAUGCACGUAAGUUUAUCAUCAUUUUCUAACAUCGACGAACAUGUAUAAUCCAAUCUAGAAGUUUCUUCACUCAAUGCUACGGUAAGAAGAAUUGAUUCUUAAAAGAUUUACAUGUAGGUUCGUCCAAUGAAUGGAAUCAGUAGAGGUAAACAAAUGCACGUGAUUGGAACAGAAGUGUUUCACAAUUUCCAGAGAUUGUAACACAGUUAAGCUCUAACAAUAACCCAUGUAAAUUCGCUUCUGAAUUCAACAAUUGACUAUCGUUCGUCAACCAAUAGCUGAACUCCUUUGCUUAAACGCGAAUGUUUUAUUUACCUCUGCUGAUUCGACUGUUGGACGGACUGUUAAUAUAACGGUUUUUUAUAUUGUGUUAGAAUUGUUUGAUAAAACAUUUAUAAAUCUGUGUUUAUAUGAUAUUUUCGUAUUAUGUUCAAACGUAUAAUGUGCCGUCGGAAAUCUCUCAAACGUUCUAUAUAUUUCGUAGUUGAACAAAAUAAUACAAUCGAAGAAAAGGACGCUACGAUACGCAAUCAUUGUUUGUUUUAUCGAUUUUAUUUAAAAUUUUUUUUUUCUUUUCUUUUCUUCUUUUUUUUUAGUGUGUUGCCGCCUUCAAUGUGAAAAAAAAUUAAGUCGGACGCGAUGGACAUCUAACUGGUACUUUGCAAUUCAUUGUACGUAUGACAUCAAAUGUUGUUAUCACCUGGACGAUUUACGAAUGAAAAUUAAAAAGUAUGAAAACGAUUUAAUUGAAUUAAUCGUGAGAAUCGUGUGAUUUCGAUCGAUCGUGUACACGUAUAUGUAUACACGUAUAUGUAUAAGCACACACGUUAAUAAUUAACAAGUACUACGAUGGACUAACGGUCCCAAUAAUACCCAGCAUGAUGACGUAUAAUGGAUUUCCCAUGAUAUAAUGAUCGCACAGGUUGCAUACCAUUCGACCGACACGCUGAAAUUUGAAAAUUUUAUUUAGCCGUUUUAUUUGCAAGUAACACCGAGAAGGUUAUAACGAUUAUUGAUAACAUUGAUAGCUAACUAAUCGUCCACCGUGUUCGUUGAAUUUUCGUCUACCACGUAUUCUCAUAUUUUUUAAUGCUAGUGUAACUUCGAAGGGAAAAAAUAUAUGUAUAUAUUUAUAUAUAUAUUAGUGUUCACGUUCGAGUAAAAAAAUUUUUGACGAUGUAUAAAUAGUUUAAGUUAAAAAACGGUAAAAAUUUUCAUCAUUUUUGCCCUCUGGCGUACGCAAUUCGUAAUUUAAGUCCAAACGAUGAUACGAUUAGUUCUGAUUGGUCAUUUGUUAAACAUUAAGAUUGAUCUAUGGAAUACCUUUUUUUUUAUGUUAACUUACAGAUUUUUUAUUUUUCUCUAUGAUCGCUCCCACGCAAGAUAUAACAGCACGUUUUCCCAUUUUUCUUUGCUUGAUCAUUGUUUGGUAAACAUUAAUAAUUAUGUAUAUAAAACUCUUUCGAUCUUGUUAGUUGAGGUUACAGAACAACGAUGCAUUUCCACGAGGAAUAUCCUGACGUUUAGAAAAUAUAUAGAUCGGGUAGACGAUGUAUAUCAAAAAGUAAUCGUAAAAAUUGAUAAUUCAUUUGCAUUUUAUACUUUUUAAGCAAUUUCUCACGUCUGAUAAAUCAUUCGAGAAUAAACGAGAUCCGAGAGUAUUUAGGAUAGUCUGAAAUUAGCAAUUUUAGCAACGUUAAGUCGCGAAAUAUCUUCAAUUCGAUUUCCGAUCGAAGUCUGAUAACGCAUUUUGGUUUCGUAAUUUCAAUAUAGACAAAUUUUUCGCAUGAAUAAAUUUUUGGAUUGCUCUUAUAUCAAUAACAAUCAUGAAAGACUGUUUUAAAAAGACGGUUUAUCACGAAAAAAAAUUCGAGCCAAAAGGAAUGAAUAAACAAAAAGGAAAUAAUAAACGAGAAGGAACGAAUGAGAACGAAACUUAUCGAACGAUCCAAGCAUUUUUCUUGCUUUUAAUAGUUCUAAUGUUGUGUUAUCAAGGUAUACGCAAUGGUAAUCUUCAGUAUGAUCUUCUGGAGAAUGGAGAAACUCGUUAUGGUUAUGCAACUUAUCAAAAAAAAGAAGGAACCUUUGUUAGCUUAACCUUGGGAUAUUCUUUUCAUCGUUCUAUCGUUUACACAGUGACUGCCAUUAUGUUUUUUUAUUCUCUUAUUUCGGUGAGAAGAAUACAUGGUCGACUUCGAUCGUUCAAUCCAUUAUACAGUCUAUAUAUGAUGUAUGAUUUAUCGUUUAGAAAAAUCCAGGCUGGAGUUUACCGAUGAUAAUUUUAUAUUUUGCCGAUUUGGUAUGUGACGUAAGCUAUGCAAUUAUCGCUGUUUGUCUAUUCUUUCGGAAGUUUCAUCUAUCGACGGCUAGUUUUUAUACGACCCUUAUUCUAUUGCUGAUCAGUACGUUUUACGUUACAUCAUUAAUUAAAUUUACGAAGGAAUUUAGCCAAAUGUUUGUCCCUGAUUAUUUUUAUUUUUACCCACCUGCGUAUAGUAUUCGAGAAAUUAAAAUACGUAUUUCUUUAUGUUCCUUUUUUUUUUAAUUCUAAAGUGUGAAACAAUGACUGCAACAUAAAAAAUCAUAAUUCCAAAAAUAAUAUAUUUUGGAAGAUCUAAGAAAUCAGCGACCAACAUUUGUUUAUAUUCUCCUGUUGAUUUGAAUCAUAAAAAAAUAAAAAAUAAAAUUGGUUUUGACGUAAUGAUUAUUUUUCGCCCACGUAGCUGGAGAAAUAUGGGCGUGGUUGGGCGUCCUUCGCCUUUACGAAUAUAGAACAUACAAGUGACAGAUAUCAUUUACGAAGACAAAAUUUUGUAUGAUAUAUAUAUUUUUUUUAUUUAACGUAUUAUAUAUUAUCUGUAAUUUUCUUGUGAAGAAUAUAUUUAUUUGUGAUAUUCA